GUUGCUGCUCGUCCGCACACCGAAGAAAGGGGCUGCCACAGAAGCAUGGAAGAAGAGAAGCAAGAUACGACGGUGGAGGUGGUGGCGGCCGCCGCGGUGGACGAACAGAAACGCUUUGAGAUUAAGAAAUGGAACGCCGUGGCGCUGUGGUCCUGGGAUAUUGUCGUGGACAACUGCGCCAUUUGCCGAAAUCACAUCAUGGAUCUGUGUAUCGAAUGCCAGGCAAACCAAGCGUCGGCGACGAGCGAAGAGUGCACGGUCGCGUGGGGUGUGUGCAACCACGCAUUCCAUUUCCACUGCAUCAGUCGCUGGCUCAAGACCCGUCAAGUGUGCCCCUUGGACAACCGCGAAUGGGAGUUCCAAAAGUACGGCAGAUAGAACGAAUGCGCUUCUCAUGCAUCCGAAAUGGCUCGCUAAGCAAUUCAUUAACCAAACUCUAUCCUCUAUGCAUA